AUGGCGCUGCCGGGGGAGCGCGGCGCGGAGUCCCAGCCCGGCGCCUCCCGCUCCUCCGCCGCCGCCGACGAGGAGGAGGACGGCGGGGCCGGCGGGCAGCCGGAGGCACUGUCGCUGGAGGAGAUCCUCCGGCUCUACAACCAGCCCAUCAACGAGGAGCAGGCGUGGGCCGUCUGCUACCAGUGCUGCGCCUGGCUGCGGGCCCGCCGCCGGGAGAGCCCCGCGGGCAGGCUGGGGGCGGCCGCCCACCUCCGCGUGUGGCGGGACGGGGCCGUCACCCUGCAGCAGGCCGAGCCCCUCCGCGCGUCGCCCGCCGCAGAUAAAUCGGAGCAUUUACACUGCACAGAAAUGGAGGUAAUUGAAUCCCUAGGGAUUAUUAUAUACAAAGCCUUGGACUAUGGCUUGAAGGACAAUGAAGAGCGGGAAUUAAGUCCUCCAUUGGAGCAGCUGAUAGAUCACAUGACCAACACCACAGAAACCGAUGGGAGUCGAGAUGAGGGGUACGAUGCGCUGGAUGAGGGGGUGGAGGAUGAUGACGAUGAUGACAAAGAGGAAGUUGAGGCUAUUCAUUCCUAUAAGGACGUCAUGAAGCUGUGCGCCGCCCACCUGCCAACCCGAUCAGAGGCACCAAACCACUAUCAAGCAGUGUGCCGAGCUCUGUUUGCUGAAACAAUGGAGCUGUACACUUUCUUGGCCAAAAUUAAAAGUGCAAAAGAGAAUCUGAAGAAGAUUCAAGAAAUGGAUAAAGAGACAAGUGAUGAAUCCAGCACAGAUCUUGAUGAAUUAAAGAAUGCUGACUGGGCUCGUUUUUGGGUACAGGUGAUGCGGGAUUUACGAAACGGUGUCAAACUCAAGAAAGUCCAAGAGCGUCAAUACAACCCACUCCCCAUAGAAUAUCAGCUCACACCAUAUGAAAUGCUGAUGGAUGAUAUUAGAUCCAAACGAUAUACCUUAAGAAAGGUCAUGGUCAACGGGGACAUUCCACCUCGAUUAAAAAAGAGUGCCCAUGAAAUAAUCCUGGAUUUCAUCCGAUCACGACCUCCAUUAAAUCCUGCCUCUGCAAGAAAACUGAAACCAACCCCACCACGGCCACGCAGCCUUCACGAGAGGAUACUGGAGGAAAUCAAGGCUGAGAGAAAGCUGCGUCCAGUCUCACCAGAUGAGAUAAGGCGUAGCAGACUGGAUGUCUCUGCGCCAGAGGCUGGAAGGAAGUCAGAGGAUGGCUCUGUAGCAAAUGGCAGCCUGGCAUCACGGGGGAAGCAGAACGGGGCCACGCAAGUGACAGUGCAGCGGAAGAGACUCCUGAAGGCUCCCACAUUGGCUGAACUUGACAGCUCAGAUUCGGAGGAGGAAUCAGUGCACAAAUCAACAAGUAGCAGCAGCAUCUCCCCCUCACAAGUGGAAGACCCCUCGCAGGAAGGUACCAGCAGAAAGACACCUCCAAAGUUCUUGCCCAUAUCAUCUACACCACAGCCAGAGAGACGGCAGCCACCUCAGAGACGACACUCCAUUGAAAAGGAAACUCCAACCAAUGUCAGACAGUUUCUACCACCUUCAAAACAGAGCUCCAGAUCACUUGAGGAGUUUUGUUACCCAGUGGAGUGUCUGGCUCUGACGGUGGAGGAAGUCAUGCACAUCCGUCAGGUGCUGGUGAAGGCAGAGCUGGAAAAGUACCAGCAGUAUAAAGAUGUGUACACUGCUCUGAAGAAAGGAAAGCUCUGCUUUUGCUGUCGGACAAGAAGGUUUUCUUUCUUUACCUGGUCUUACACCUGUCAGUUCUGUAAAAGGCCUGUAUGCUCACAGUGCUGCAAAAAGAUGCGAUUGCCAUCAAAGCCAUAUUCCACUCUCCCCAUCUUCUCACUGGGACCUUCCACCUUGCAGCGAGGAGAGAGCUUCAUGAGGCCAGAGAAGCCCUCCACCAGCCACCACCGGUCACUGCGGAGCAUGCCCAGGUUGGCCUCAAGGUCCAAAUCUGUGGAUAAGUCACACGAAGAGCUGCAGUUUCCCAAAGAAUUAAUGGAGGACUGGAGCACGAUGGAGGUGUGUGUGGACUGCAAGAAGUUCAUUUCAGAAAUCAUCAAUUCGAGCCGGCGCAGCCUGUCCCUGGCCAACAAGCGAGCCAGGUUAAAAAGGAAGACACAGUCCUUCUAUAUGUCAUCUCCAGGAACCUCUGACUACCGCCCCUCUGAGAGAACUAUCAAUGAGAUCUGAGCCUUGUGCCUUUUUCUUUGCUUUUGUCUUCAUGAGGUCAUCGUCUGUAGGAGAGGUCACCAAAACAGGGUUAUUCUUCCGUUGCUUCAUUUCACUCGACUGGCUUGGAUCUGCAUUCAGUCACAGAGUUUCUUACCGCCAUGUUUUCCAGAGAUGCAGAAGCUGUGUUUUUAUCAGGACAGAAUGACAUGCAGCAGGUCAGCUGCUCGCACUGGGAGAAAAUCAACAAUUUGCAAUCGUUGCCUCUUUUGUAUGCGUGCAUUGAAACUAGAAAGCUUUUUCUUGCUUUCAGUCUUUUUUUUUUAACCAUUCUUUGAAUCAUUUUCUGGAGUUGAGCUAAAAUGUGUGCUUAACGGAGAACCCGAUCUAACAAAGUCAGUGCCAGUGCAGUAGCAAGCAGUAAGUCAUAUUGGCAUUACCAAGCUAGCAAUGUUCACAUCCUGCUUUCAGAGCUCACCAGGCACUGGUGUGAGUGGCUGUGCUCCGAGCAGUCCUUCUUUGAACCAUUUCUGUUGCUCCGAGGUCAGAGUCCAACAUGGGACUGCGGUGUCUGGGCCCUGGGGCAGAAGGUGUGACAGAGCUGCUCAUCGUGGGGCUGCUGCUCUUUGAGGCCUCAGUGCUGCCCUGGGUGUCUCUGGGCAGGCUCCAGGGGUGUACUGCCUACUUGAAUGUAUGGUACUGGUGGUAGUGAAUUCUGGUGGUAGGCAGAGCUGUACAGCAGAUGGGAAGGAUGGGAAGCAAGAGAGGCUCCUGGUGCUACUGGAGCACCUGUAGCAUUGUUCCUUGGGUCGCUCAGGGGACAGGAGGGUACAUGUGUGCAUCUUAGCAGGCACAAAUUCCACUAUGGCUCUGCUGGCAGUGUGCCCACUGAGAGCCCCAUUUUUGCUGGGGACGUAAGUUGGUUGCAGGGACCCAUGUUUUGCUGAGAUUUUGGGCGACGCUGUCCCAGAUUGGGAGCAAUCUCUCAUUUCCCCUCCUUGAUUCAUUCUUUUUCCUUCUUUGCUUUGCCCAUGGUAGAACACCAGGCCACUGGGUGAGAUGUUCCAACAAGGCUACACUGUUAGCUGACACCAUCGCAUGCUUUUUUGCACUUUUUCUUUUUUUUUUUUUUUUUAAGUUGAAAUACUUUUUUUUAAUGCAGGCUUGACCAGAGUUUAAUCUGUAAUUUGCGUCUGGAUCAUUCUGGUGUUUAAAACUAACAUAGUCAAGUUGUUAAUACUUGAAAAUCAACUACUGUAACUUUUUCAUACAUUUUUUAAUACCCUGAGGCAUAUUUAAUAUCUCUAUAGCAGUGUAUUAUAGGAGGACAUAGCAGAAAAGUUUCAGAUCUAUUUAUUAACAUUUCUACACUAAGGAUUAAUCAUGAGUGAUACCUCAGAGCUGCACGGAGCAGCGGGGCUGGAUCUGCCCUGUGGAUUCCAGCAAUGUGUCCGUCCCACACGGACCUCAUGCUGGCAGAGCCUGGGGAGGGCCUGCACCACCAUCUGUACCAUAUGUACGUUGAUUUGAAAAGCACACAAAAAGGCUCCCUACGCCUCUGCACAGACUCACCCACCCGUAUUUUUCUUUCAUUGUCACCCUGGGAAAUGAGAGUUUUGCAGAUGGAGAGCAGUGGCAUGAGGUGAGCCAUGGGCAGGCAGGCAGGAGGCCAGGGCUGCCUAAAGCCACUGCUGCUAGGAGGGCCCCUCAUCUCAGUCACAUCUGCACUUUUUCUCAUUCCUGUGCCAAAAGCAGGCCCCGUAUUCGCUGCAUUGUGCAUCAGGAAAACUAGGCUGAGAGUGAACGCAUGAACUCUCGCUCUGAAUUUCCCCUGCUGCUAUUCUGAUCAUUUUCUCCUGGAAAUGCCCUGGCCACACGCUCUGCUUGCUCCAACUCCACUCCCCCUUGGCACCGCAGGCUGCUCAGGGCUGGGUGCCCCGCAUGCCCUUUUCCCCUCUUACAGGGCGUGGGGCAGCAGAGCUGGCAGCCGCCAGGCCUCAGCCCCCCCCCCAGCACCGGCCCUGGGCACCGCACAGCUUCUGUGGGCCCAGCACCAUGUUGGUAUUGGGGUGAAGCUUGUAAAUAUGUGUAAUAUAUUUAUUGAUAUUUAGGAAGUCUCCAUCAGUCAUGCAACGGGAAUUAACUUUCCACAAAGUUUAAAAACAAAAACUAUUUAUACACGUGUUGGCUGUUACCUUCGUUAGAGUUAAUGCUUUCAGCCCCUCCGACAGUCUGCGCUCUGUAGGCAUUUUAGAGUGAAUUACUGCUGAGUGUGGGGCAGCACGGUCAGCUCCUCCCAGCAGCUUUUAAAAUCUUAUUUUUGUAGCUUUGUUACGAUGCCCGAGGUCUGAACGUACCAUGGGGGCCCACGGAGCUGAAUGGCACACAGCUGUGCAGCACUGGGGCUGGUGCUGCCGCUGCUGCGAUGGCGAGCGGGGCUUGGCUGCGGUGCUCCCAUGCACUACGCCUGACCUUGCAAAUGCUCUUGUGACCAUGUCAUUUCUGGGGACGGUUGGUGGGCUUAUUUCUCUUUUCCCUGUUAUUUCCUUUAUAGUGGGAGGGGUGGUACUGGGUGAAAAUAAAAUGCCUUUCCAUUACA